CAAAAGAACACGAAUCGGCAUUCCAAACGCAACGUAACGUAGCUCUUACCUGGGUAGAACUGUCACAAAAAUGGAUUCAAAACGGUUUUCGCUGUAUUCGGCAAUUUUUUUUCUUUCGGCGUGUCUUACAGAUUAUUGCAAGUGUUUUGAUUCUAGACCUUUUGAUGACACAAUUCUCUUUAAAAUUAAUUGGCCAGGACGUGGCGAUAUACCGGAGCUACCAGGUUCUGAAUCCAUGGUAGUAACAACAGAAAAUCAUGAAAAGUAUCAGUGUCUUUUACCAGAAAUUCAUGACAAGCCAAAGAGUGAAGCAGAGCUAUACACAGGUCCCAAUCCACUUCAUUUAUUAUUACCUUUAUUCAGACAAAGUACCUGCUCAUUCAAGCCUGAAUCUUACUGGACUUAUGAGAUAUGCCAUGGACGUUAUGUCCGACAAUACCAUGAGGAAAGAGAGGGCAAGAAAGCCAAAUUACAAGAGUAUUAUUUGGGCCGAUGGGAUAAGGACAUGAACCAACUGCUUCAUGAAGAACUUGAAAAGACUGAUGAAAAUGGAGAUAAGAUUUUCUUUUCAAAAGAUUUACCCACCAAGAAAAUUGAUGGUCUGAAUCUUCCAUAUUUCCAAAUCAAUAUGACAGAUGGUACAUUGUGUGAUUUGAAUGGAAAGACUCGUACCACUCAUGUUCUUUAUGUCUGUUAUCAAACUGGUAAACAUGAAGUAUAUUCUUUUAAAGAAACUUCUAUAUGUGAAUAUGAAGCUAUUGUUCUUUCUCAACUCCUCUGUGACCAUCCAAAAUAUAAACCACAAUCAACUAGUGAAAAUGUUAUAAACUGCCAUGCGCUGGAGGAGACACCCAAAAAACCUAGGAAUUUACUUCAACUGGAAGCUGAGAGCUUAAAGUUGAGACACACCAAAAUUCCUGAUGAUGCUCUGAAGAAAACUUAUGCAGUUGUUUCGGUUGAUGUUGGACAGGAUGGUGAGCAACGAGUCCAUGUGGAAAUUCUUCCCGUUGAAGUGCUAGACACUGAGGAUGCCCUCAGUCCACCUCUUCUUAACUCACGAACCCCAGCUGAUACCACUCCUGCUCAAGACUUUUUAUCUGGCAAGAAAUGUCUCACUGGGGGGUCCUCUUCAUGGUGGAAAUAUGAAUUCUGCUAUGGACGACAUGUAGAGCAGUACCACAUUGAUUCGACAACUAGCAGCAAGACAACUGUGCAACUGGGAUUUUUCAAUGCUGAAAGUCACAUUGAAUGGCUCAAGCAGAACCCCCACAAGCAACCCAAGCCUAAAGCGAUCCGAAAGCAUGUCUCUCACUUCUACUCCAACGGUUCACCGUGUGAUAAGACUGGUCGCCCCCGACACACCGAGGUCAAGUUAAAGUGCCCCGAUCAAAGCCCUAGCCCCGGUUCUGUUGCCCUGUACCUCAUGGAACCUAGAACCUGUGAGUACAUUUUGAACGUGGAGUCACAACUCAUCUGCGACCUACUGCCGCUGGCCGAUGAGCAUGGCCUCAUCAAGGUCCCCAAAAUAGACGACGAUGAGGUGACUGUGGCCGACGAGGAGGAUGUAAACCCAGGGGACUCGGCAGUCGGGCCGGACGACCGCACAGCCGCUGAGCAGAAGAGAACUCUAAGCAACGCGGACCCUUACCCCAUCGGCGGGAGACAGUAGACAACUUGUAUGUAAUUGAGGUAAACUUCUGUUUUUGUUUUUUUUGUUUUUUUGUUUGUUUGGUUUCUUUAUGUUUAGAUGGUUUAUACCGAAAUCAAAGACCUCCCAAAGUCUUAGAAGUGUAAAUUUACAAGUGAUUAUUUCUAACUCUAUUCUUACUCAAAGUGACUGUCUUUAAAUUUUCUUUUUUUGUGUUAAUUUUUCUGUAAGGGUGUAAGUAUUGUGUUGUGAGUGAUUAAUUUUGUACGUAACAUUCAUUGUUGCAUAAUUUUAAAUCCAUAAAAUAAUGUGUAAAUGAAGUGUACAAACAUUGUGCUAGGUUUUCUUUGAAUGUCCAGAUGUAUAUAUUUUAGAGUUGUGCAGUAUGAAGUGUUUAGAUUUUGUACUGUUAUUUUUAGGGCAGGUUGAUGAUAAAAUCUUUUUACUGCUUGUGAUAUACAAUACUUUGUAAACUUGUGAUGUGUAUUGAACAUUUGAUCAUCAUUUGAUGCUAGGUAGAUUUUACCUUUGUUGCCUUAGGUACUGACCUUUUCUAGUUUUCUAAAGCUCAAAGGUUAAGAAAAGGUGCACUGUAAAUAAAUAAAUGUGUUUUUGCGUAAAGACACUCUAGUUAUUAAUAAUUGUGUGUGGGAGUUAUCGGUGAAAUAUAAAUCUGUUGUCUACAAAUAAUAAAAGUCUACACUUGCA